UCAUCAACUUUUUCCUAGAUGAGUUUUGAUAUACUUAUAUCUAAAGAUUGAGGUGUAUGUGGUGUAGUUUAGUUCCUAUCUUUUUUAACAACCUUCAUUUUUCAACACAAACCGGCUAUAUAAACCGAACACAUCCCCAAAUCAAAUCCAAGCACAAACAUGGCAGCAAAGUUCUUCUCCUCAGCCACCCCAGUUCUACUACUACUACUCCUCCUAACCGUUACAUGUUUCUUCACUCCAUCACUCUCAGAAAAAUGCAACCCACAAGACAAGACCGCCCUCCUCCAAUUCAAGAAAGAGCUCGGCAAUCCGGCCAAGCUCUCCUCUUGGAAUGCCACCACUGACUGUUGUGACCCUGCCUGGGAAGGCGUCUCAUGUGACACAGACACCAAAACCUACCGUGUCAACGACCUCGACCUCUCCGGCUUCUCCCUCCCUAGCCCCCACCCCAUCCCUCCCUCUGUGGGCGACCUCCCUCACCUCAACAUCCUCUCCCUCCGCAACAUCCCCAACCUCAUCGGCCCCAUCCCUUCAGCCAUCACAAAACUCACCUCACUCCACUACAUAUACAUCAGCCAGACCGGCAUCUCCGGCAACAUCCCUGACUUCCUCUCCCAGAUCAAAACCCUCGUCACAUUCGACUUCUCCUACAACAAACUCACCGGCCCUUUACCUUCCUCCAUCUCCACCCUCCCCAACCUCGUUGGAAUCACUGCCAACGACAACAAGCUCUCCGGCGCCAUCCCGGACUCCUACGGGUCGUUCUCUAACUUGUUCACCUCGUUGACGCUCAACCGCAACCAGCUCUCAGGGAAAAUCCCAGCUUCUUUGUCAAAGCUGAAUCUGGCAUUUGUUGACCUAUCCAUGAACAUGCUGGAGGGUGAUGCGUCGGUGUUUUUUGGGUCAAAGAAAAAUACCCAGAAGAUCAUACUUGCUAGAAACUCUUUGGCUUUUGAUUUGGGGAAAGUUGGGCUGUCGAGUAACUUGAACACGAUUGAUCUUAGGAACAAUCGUGUCUAUGGGAAGCUACCACAGGAAUUAACUGGGCUCAAGUUUUUGAAGAAGUUGAACGUGAGCUACAAUAGUCUUUGUGGUCAGAUUCCACAGGGUGGUAACUUGCAGAGGUUUGAUGUGUAUUCCUAUGCUCAUAACAAGUGUUUGUGCGGUUCUCCUCUUCCUGCCUGCAAGACUUGAUGAUCUCUGAGCGAAUUGAAAUGGAUCAUAAUGGAUAAUGUCUUUUGUCCAUGUAGCUACUUAAGUGGUGUAAUAAAUGAUUCAUGUAGUACGAACUACAUAUGUUUUAAUGUAUGUUCCGAAUGUCAGUAUUGUUUGUUCAUUGUGCGGUUCUCCACUUCCCACGAGUUCCACGGGGUAACAAAUGUGAUAUGACAUAUGUUUUUAAUCUCAA